AAUAACCAGUCCUAUCAGCUGUCACUAUAGACUUUUUUUUUUUCCUGUUUCGAACUGAGAUGAAAUUAUGGCAAGUUAUUUUUUCAAAAUGUUCAUGGACCAUGGCAAAACGCCUGAGGACCCUGAAGAAAACAACAAUUUGAAGGAGGUCAACAAUAACUCGUCAAAAACCGGAAAUGAUGAUAACGUAACUAUUAGCAAAAUUGACACUGAACCUGUUGGUAAAAACCUCACUAGACAAAAAAAAAUUACAAAAGAAUCACUUAAAUCACUGGAUCGCGAAAAUGGAAAAUCAGGAGUAGAUGUUUGUAAUCCAAACAACAUCAAGCGAACUGCAGAUGAAGAUUCUCCCAAUAUUUUUGAGAAAAGAAAACAUUCAGAAGCUGAAUUAAAAAAACAAAUAAACACUAUCACGAUGGAACUGAUCAAAUUGGAAAAACAGAGCGAAAAACACGAUUUGAAAUUGAAGGAAAUUAAACAAAAGUUUUAUCUUUUGCAGGUGGUUAUCAAUCAGGCCAAGGAGGCUCAUGAACAAGUAGACGCGUUUGUAACGAAAAAAUUGCCAAAAUAAAAC